AUAUUUUUAUUGUCUUUUUAAACACCGAAAAAGGGCAGAAGAAAAAAAAAAUGGUCUCUCUCUCUCUGUCUCUCUCUCUCUUCUGUGACUUUGUUUGUAUGGAAACAGAGAAAGACAGAGACAAGGGGAGAAACUGAGAGUUAGUGAACUCAAUUAUUGCUUUUCAUGAUCCUAUCUCCUUCUUCAUCAUUAUUUCUAGAUAUUGUUCUUGUUCAAUUACUAGUUCUAUCAUCAGUUAGCUCAAAAUUCUUAACAAGAUUUUUCUUGGUGUUGGGUAGCUAGAAUCCUCUUCCGUUUACUCUCUUUUGGUACUGAAUUUGACUCUUUUUUCCUUUUCUACCUUUUCUAGAUGCUGAAUAGCUCAUUUUGUAUUGAAUUGUCGUUUCAUUUGUUUAAGUAUAUUAAGAAUUUAAUCUAGAAGCUCCCUAGUUUUCGUUUUCCAAUUUUCUUGUGGUUCACAAUUCACUAGUUCAGCCCUUGACUCAAUUCUACCCCAGAGGGGAAAACAGAGUUGUUACUCUGUUCCGAGUGCUCUGCAUGUUUUGGUUCUUGCACUAGAAUUCUCAGAUAAUCCGUAAAGAUAUGAUGUUGUCGGCGAAGUCUGAAUCCGAUAUCACGAGCCUUGCUCCAUCAUCACCCUCAAGGUCUCCUAAACGUCCUGUAUACUAUGUUCAGAGUCCUUCUCGUGACUCUCAUGAUGGAGACAAGUCAUCUUCAAUGCAACCGAGUCCCAUGGAGUCACCUUCACAUCCAUCCUCCUUUGGACGCCAUUCAAGGAACUCUUCAGCUAGCCGGUUUUCGGGGAUUUUCAGGUCAUCUUCGGGGAGGAAGGGGAGCAGGAAGAGGAAUGAUAAAGGCUGGCCUGAGUGUAAUGUGAUUAUGGAAGAAGGGUCCUAUGAUGAGUAUGAGGAUAAGGCGUUUACAAGGCGUUUCCAGGCCUUGGUUGCUGUAUUGACUUUUGCGGUAUUGUUUACAGUGUUUUGCUUGAUUAUUUGGGGUGCCAGCAGGCCUUACAAAGCUGAAAUCUCCGUCAAGAGCUUGGCAGUGCACAACUUCUACAUUGGGGAAGGGUCGGAUUUCUCUGGGGUCCCAACAAAGAUGCUGACGGUAAAUGGCUCGUUGAAGCUGAGUGUAUAUAACCCUGCUACAAUAUUUGGCAUUCAUGUUAGUUCCAACCCCAUUAAUCUCAUUUACUCAGAAAUUCCUGUAGCAACUGGUCAGCUGAAGAAAUAUUAUCAGCCAAGAAAGAGCAGUAGAACUGUAUCUGUGGUAUUGGAAGGGAAAAAAGUUCCACUUUAUGGGGCUGGAUCAAGCUUAACAUUUACCCAAAAUGGUGCUGAAAUUCCAUUGACACUGAAGUUUGAAGUCCGCUCAAGAGGAAAUGUAGUCGGAAAGCUUGUGAGGACAAAGCACCGGAGGCAAAUUUCCUGCCCUUUGGUCAUUGAUUCUACAAGAACCAAGCCUAUUAAAUUCAAGAAGGGGACAUGCACGUAUGACUGAAAGUCCUUUUUUUAUGAUGAUUUGCAUCUUUCUUAUCAUGCAGCAUAAAAUCUCCUGCAGUCUGAGUUGCUGAGCCCCUGCGUUCAAUUGCAAAAUUUGUGUUGAGGGAUCCUGUCAUACCUCUCUCUCUCUCUACUUGGAAGGUUGUAAAUGUUUAUUUUUUUGCUUAUCUUGUGAGUUUUUUAUGGAAAUAAACAAAUGUAUAGAUGACAUAAGAGGCCCUGUCUGCAUGAUUUGCUUAGGAAUGUACAUGGUGAGGUCUCAAUUCAUAGCAGAGCAAGAGAGUUCGAAUGUUGUUGUAUUCCUCCCUCCCAAGCUUUUCUGCUGGAAUAAAGUCAUAAGCAGCAUCAAUUUGUAGCAACA